GUAAUGAUAGGACGGUGUUGUACGUUCCUCCUGCUCUUAAGCCUUUUCUACUUUUCCGAAGCAGUGAAAGCCCAGAGUGAAGAAUUGGCCGUGCUUCGAAAAACUUUAGAAGACCUCACUAGCACAGUUCAUUUUCAGAACAAACGCCUAGACGCACUCCAGAAGAUUGUGCUACGGCAAAGGAUGAGAGCGAGAGAUGAGUAUUAUUGCAAGUCCUGUAAGGUUCAUUACAAUGAAUGGACAAAAGGGAGCACUCUGUCUGAGACCCUGUUUAAUUUGAAUCCAAAUUCCAAGAAAGCGGUUAAUUCUUCCUCCUUCUAUCAAGACAACAAACCAAAGCCCAUCGGAAAUGCACAAAAACUCCAACGAAAGGAACGACUUCUCUAUCAACCAUCAUCAGCAGCGUCAGCUGAAGACAACAUAGUCGCAUUUUACGCGUAUUUUUCUGCAGAUGUUAGAUCUUUAGGUUUAUCAGAGACGUUGAAAUAUGAUGUGGUGAAAACAAAUCAAGGUAGUGGCUAUCAUCCAAGCUCAGGUGUAUUUAUUGCGCCAGAAGAAGGUUACUACGUAUUUACCUGGACAAUCCGACUGUAUCAUUACGGAGACUCCACAGCAGAAAAUUUUUCCACGGAGCUUAUUGUUAAUGGCGACGUUUAUGGGAGUGCAUACUUGCGCGCGCAUCUCGAUGAUGAUGAUCAGUCUACGGCAACUGCUGUUGCGCAUGUUAACGAAGGGGAAGAUGUUUACGUGAGAACUCAUUCGAGUUACUCCUCUACAGGAAGCAUUCGCAGUAACACUCACGGCAGAUCUUCUUUUGCUGGAUGGAAAAUAAACUGAAGAGGGCAACAUUGAGCAGAGUGGUUGAUUAUAUUCUUUUUCAUAAAAAUUUCCAUUAAAUUUUGAAUAUAAA